CAGCAGAGGAGAAGUCGCUGCACGUGGUCAUGGACUGUUCACGUUUUGGACUUCUGUAAAGCUGUUCGUGCAAGAGCAUUUUUAAGUGAACCUGGUGCACGUGGCAUUCAAGACAGCAAAGUUUAAGAGCAUCACAUGGACCCAAGUGGUUGAACAGCACAGAAAACAUUGUUUGAGCAGAGAAAGUGUGAUUCAAAGCAGAUGAUUUUAACAGCACCACGAGACAAACAGUUCAGCGGCACAGAGAACAGUGUCCAUGCUACAUCAUUUGUAAGUGAACUUGGCGCAUGUGGCAUUCAACACAGCUGAGUGGGAUACCAAGCAUAAAACGGCACAGAAAAUAGUACUGAAGACAAGAUCCUUCUCAAGUGAAAUUGGUGCACGUUGGAUUCAAAGUGGGUGACAUCGUAGGAGACGAUCAACUCGGCAGCACAGAGAGCAGUGUUACCCAAUGAUAUGGCGGUGUAAACUAUGUAGAUUUUCUUCCGAUAGAAAAGGAGAAACGGAGGAAAGUCUGGAGCAGGAGCGGAUUCAGCUACUGACUGAGAUCCAAAAAAGGGACAACAACAAAGUGAUAAAGGAAAUCAUGUGCAACACAUUUGCACACCGAAGAAAUGAAAUCGUAAACCAAAUGCCCAGCAUUGAGGAAUUCCAUGCCAGAUGGCCUGCACUAUUUGAAGCAUCCCAAAUCGAAGAGGAGUUUCACCGAAUUACAACCUUGCACCUUGAAGCUAAAUUUAUGGCCAAGCUAGAUGAAUACACUCCCAGGCUCAUGACAAUCUUUCAGGCCAAGGGUGGCGCCAUGGGAUUGAGGCUGCAGGCCAUUCUCCUCAAGGCCCCAACCAAUCCUGAUGUCAACUUGAUGCGGGACCUCAUCAUCCAGUGCUUGAUGGUAUACCUUGGGGAGUCCCUGAAUGAUCUCUUGAAAGAGUUUGAUGACGCUGAUGAAGAACGGAUGUCCGAGGACCUUGCUGCUCAAAAAAUGAAGAUCUACAGCAUCAUGUCCAGCUCAGCAGAGGGGCCGAGCGAUGUUGGUGUCGUCAUUGAGGGAGUGAAAGUUCUCACCACUCUGGGUACCUUUGCCAGGGCUUGCUGCAUGCUCCUUGGGCUGACUUAUGCACUAAAUCUGGCCUACCCUAAGGAGCUCAGAUAUACAUUUGAAAUCUUCCAGACGCUCCUUCUGGAGCUGGACUGUUCAAAGCAGUCCCCAAAGCUGCACACUUUGAAGAGUAAGUUGUUGGACUAAGGAAAUGCCGAACUGGACACUUGAGCUGAGGCGGUGCGAUGGACACUUGACUUCAGUUUUUCAGAACUUAAUGACUUAAAGAUUUACCUUUUAAUUUCUCCAAACACUACUUUUUCAAACAGGUUGACACACGCACUAAAAAAGUCAAAAUGUGUUACGCCA